AUGACCGAGAAUCGCGUGUUUGCCACGGGCGAGCACGUUUUCCAAAUUGGCGAUAAUUCCACGUUACAUUAUACGGUUCAUGGGACUGGUCCGUUAAUUAUCGUUCUCCCCCCAGCAUGGGGAAUUGGAUCUCAGUAUCUUCAGGAUGGGCUCGCGUCGCUGUACGGGAGCUACACAUUGUUGUUUCUCGAGCUUAGAGGAAAUGGAAAGUCCAGCAGGCCUCCUCCAUCGCAAAUGACAAGUUGGCAUCUUGCCGAGGAUGUCGAGUUUCUGCGCCAGGAACUGAAACUUGAAAGGAUACCAUGCCUUAUGAGCCAUUCUGGGGGUGGGACCGCGGCACUAUGGUAUGCGAUCAGGUUUCCCGAAAAAGUCGAGAAUCUUGUUCUUUUAAAUCAUCAACUCGAGGGUUUUGAUGACUCUGAGUCAAUGAAGGCUAUAGUGCAGCAGAAACAAAAGGAUCCUGAACUGCGACCGGCUCUCGACGCCUGGACUGCCUCGUGGGACGAUGCCUCUGAUGAGGAGUUCGCGACAUUCUUUCGAACAUUUCUUCCAGUGUAUUUCUACGAUCCAAACAGCUGUGACAAAGUGCCUUCGCUCAAAACGAUAUCUCACAUACCAGUGUGGAAUUACCAUCUGUUGCAUGGAAAGAAUGCAUCUCAAAGGAGUCAAGAGACUGAGCUGGAUUUAGUGAAGGCGCGAACGUUGCUCAUUUUCGCGACAGACGAUCCAAUUUGCACACCGACGCAAGGAACGGCAACUAAAAAUGCCAUUACUGGUUCUAAAAUGGUGGUGUACGAUAAGUGCGGGCAUUUUCCUUGGGUAGAGAAGGAGGAGGAGGUUAUCAAAGAUCUUCAAGAGUUCUUCCCAGGGAUUCAUUCUUUGCACUAG